UGGCCUGGUAAAUCUAUCUGGGGCUCCCUCUAAUGGUUUCCUGACAUCAACGACCACCCUGGAUUGGUUUCUGUAACGACGGAUGCCAACUGCUGGAUGAAUCGUGUGAUUACACUUCAUAAUGCCUGUGGAAUAUGCUCCGGACGUGCAAUUGCGGGAAACGUCCUUUUGGGAUCAUUAAUUUCACAACAACACUGUUGCCUGGAUGUACAACUUAUAAUGACUUUUGACCUAAACCCUAAUACAUUCUGAUUGGAUCUGAUUGAUGACGGCCUACCUGGAUGAUUUGUGGACCAUGUCACUUACUUCAAUGGAAUUAAUGUCCGCAACAAUGUUGUAAUGAUUACGCCCUCUUGUGUCGGGAAUAUGAAAUCUAACUUCGGAUUCUCGCACCUGGAUUGGGAAAACUGAUUGUGAUGUGAAAAUUGAACUGUUGCCAUCUUGAAACAAAACAUUAAUGACUUUGUGUUCCUGGAUUCUUUUCUGUGACAUCAAUGGCCUUAACCUGGGCAAAACUGUGCUGUCUCCGCCAACGUAUCCUUCCUCGCGCCCUCCGCUGUUUUUCCAUCUCCCCUGGAUUGCAUUCUGAUCCAUUUGAUGAACAGAUCAAAGAAGAGGUUAAUAAACUAUUAGAUUUGAAGGUGCAGCUUGGAGAUGGACCUACCCAGAAAUAUGUCCUCAAAACUGCAAAGGGUACCAGGGAUUACACACCCAGGCAGAUGGCAAUCAGAGAGGGUGUUUUCAAGGUGAUCAUUGACACCUUCAAACGUCACGGAGCCGAGACCAUCGACACACCUGUCUUUGAGCUGAAGGAAACCCUGACAGGGAAGUACGGGGAAGACUCCAAGCUCAUCUACGAUCUGAAAGAUCAAGGAGGGGAACUCCUCUCACUCAGAUACGAUCUAACUGUUCCUUUUGCUCGCUAUGUAGCAAUGAAUAAGAUUGCCAAGAUCAAGAGAUAUCACAUAGCAAAGGUUUAUAGGAGAGAUAACCCUGCAAUGACUAGAGGAAGAUAUAGAGAAUUCUACCAAUGUGAUUUUGACAUCGCUGGUCAGUAUGAUGCCAUGAUACCUGAUGCCGAGUGUGUAAAGAUCGUCUAUGAGAUCCUUACAAACCUCAAAUUAGGAGACUUCGUUAUCAAGGUGAAUCACAGGCAGAUAUUGGAUGGAAUGUUUGAAGCAUGCGGUGUACCAGAAGAUAAGUUUAGGACGGCGUGUUCGGCAGUAGACAAGCUCGACAAGACUUUCUGGGAAGAUGUGCGAGCUGAAAUGAUAGAUGAGAAAGGAAUUGAUCCUGUGGCAGCUGACAAGAUUGGUGUCUUUGUCCAACAAAAUGGUGGUCAAGAACUGGUUAAUAAACUAUUGAAUGAAUCAUCACUCAAGGAUAACAAGUCUGCAAAGCAAGGUCUGGAAGCUAUGAGGCUACUACUCAAGUACUGCGAGAUCUUUGGUGUGCUGGACAAGGUAUCAUUCGACAUGAGCUUAGCGAGAGGAUUGGAUUAUUACACAGGUGUGAUAUAUGAAGCCGUGCUCAAGGGGGCGGAGUGCUUACCGACCAAGACGGGGGAGCAGGUGGGCGUCGGCUCUGUCGCUGGUGGUGGUCGCUAUGACAACCUUGUGGGCAUGUUCGAUGCCAAGAACAAAAAGGUACCUUGUGUUGGCGUUAGUAUCGGUAUCGAGAGAGUGUUCUCCAUAAUGGAAGCCAAGGCUCAACUCUCGGAGGACGUUGUGAGGACGAUUGAGACUCAGGUCCUGGUCGCUUCAGCUCAACCCAACAUGCUUGAAGAGAGAAUGAAACUAUGUAAUGAACUAUGGUCUGCUGAUAUCAAGGCUGAGAUGUCAUACAAGAAGAACCCUAAGAUGUUAGAUCAGUAUCAACAGGCUGAGAAGUACAGUAUACCUCUAUUAGCUGUCAUAGGUGAACAAGAACUCAAGGAUGGUGUCGUCACUCUUAGAAAUUCUGCAACAAGGGCCGAGGAACAAAUACCUCGACCUGAUCUUAUACGAGUCAUAAAAGAGAGAUGCGAUGUGGAGAACUGGUAGAUAGACUACAUUAAGUUGUCUAACAAGUUAAAAUGAGCUUUAUAGAAUGAUUUUAUUGACAUUCUUUGUUGAGGAUCGCACAGGCAAUAAUGAGCAGGGAUUGGGUCAAGGCGGGUAGUUUCGAGUCACAAGGCCUUCAUCCUUAGUCUUUAUACAUGUGUUCAAAGUUGAAAGGGAUGUGACAUGACUAGCUUUUACUUCCUUUUCAGAAUUUAAUUAUUCUUGCACAUGGGUAUCGAUCGUGGAAUACACUAUGAGUGAUCAGGAAAGUUAGACCCGAUUUGUUUAUGAUUCCAAAAUGCACACUUCCUAUUCUAUUAAUCUGCCUUUUAUAUCAAAUUAGCCACUAUGCUUUGAUUUCAGGUGGGUGUUUCACAAAGCUGUUAGAAAGUUACAUAUGACCUUAUGUGACAGGUGACCCCUUCUUUUGCUUAAUGAUAUAUCCCUUCAUAGUCGACUUAACAUGUUCCACGUUUGUGCAUUAGGUCAUUCUUAACUGUACGAACAGCUAUAAGAAACACUCACCUUUUCUCAUACAUUUGUUGUUGCUAUGUCAGGCAAUCCUCUAGUAUUUCUGAUGUCAGUGGGUAUUAUAUGAAGUCGGCAAUGACCUUUAUCGAAACAUUCAUAGAUUAUACAUGUAUCUAAGGCAUUGUUUUAUUCCUGUUUCUUGCUGGUGUUUCUCAGCUUGUCUCAAUGGUUUUCCGUCUCUGACCUGCAUUAGAUGCUUAUAUCAUUAUGUUAGUAUUGAUGUCUAUUCCAUUCCUCAUCUGUCUAAAUCGAACCGUUCCAUGACAGUUGCUCCGCUCUAAAUUCCACAUACUAAUCGAAUGGCCAACUACAACCCUGGGCUCAACACUAUACCCUAAACCUUACAUAAACCCUAUUGCAACCCUUACUCUAACCAUAUAUCUUAGACGAAAUUAAGCCCAGAGCAAUUGUCGCAGACGCAAUUGUUAUGUCACCAAAUGUAACUGGUAUUCAUGAUAACACACUAUCCAUCAAGUUUAUAUAAAAAUCCUAUUGACCUAGGCCCGUUUCAUAAAGAACUUGCAACUGUUGUAACUUUGCCAUAAUGGCAACUACCAUGGAAACCUUGAUUCUGAUUGGCUGCUGAGCCCUGUUACCAUGGUAGUUGCCAUAAUGUCAAAGUAAUAAACAAGUGCUAUAAUACAGUGUUUCUAAGCACUGCAUACCAUUACAGUAAACUGGCUUUUGCAUGGCUACCCUGAUCAAGUGCUGAAGCAUUCAAGGAAUUUCCCCUAUCAAGUACCAAUUACUACACCUUGAUAGAGAGUGGCAAAUGUAGAUAAAUGCCUUGCCAAAGGACACGAGAGCUCCAGUGGGAUUUGAACCCCACACGCUGAGGUUGGACCACCCCUCUAUGACAUGCAGAUAUCUUUUGCUUUAUUGCAAGGAACCAAUUAUGAUUCUGAUCCCAAAUCAGUUUCAUGCCCAUGUGAUUUUUAUUUACGUUUUGUGAUUUCCUCUGCUUAAAAUGUGUCCUAGUGUACAGUUCAGUCUGUCUAUCAAUAUUGAACAUUUAUAAGUUGUAUAAUUAAAGGACAAGUCCACAUCAACAAAAAGUUGAUUUGAAUAAAAAGAGAAAAAUCCAACAAGCAUCACACUGAAAAUUUCAUCAAAUUCGGAUGUAAAAUAAGAAAGUUACCACAUUUUAAAGUUUCGCUUAAUUUCACAAAACAGUUAUAUGCACAUCCUGGUCGGUAUGCACAUCCUGGUCGGUAUGCAAAUGAGUGGACCGAUGACAUCACUCACUCACUAAUUCUUUUGUAUUUUAUUAUAUGAAAUAUUCUAAUUUUCUCAUUGUCAAAGGAAGCAACAAUUCCUCCCUAAACAUGUGGAAUUAGCAUUGUUUAAUAAUAUAUGGUUCAGUCAAGUUGGUCCUUAUUGUCGAAUAUGUAAAAAAUGAAAUAUUGUAUAAUUCAAACAAUAAAAAACAAAAGAAAUAGGGAGUGAUGGACAUCAUCGACUGACCCAUUUGCAUGUCACUGAGUUUUGCAUAUCACCGUUUUGUGAAAAUAGGCGAAACUUCAAAAUGUCACAACUUUUUUAUUUUACGUCCAAUUUUGAUGAAAAUUUCAGCAUUAAUUAAGAUUGUUUGAUUUUCUCUAUGUAUUCAAAUCAACAAUUUUAUGCGGUGGACUUGACCUUUAAGUAAAUGUAAGCAGGUUUCAUGUACCUUUAUAGUGCGCUUGAUACAAAUGUUUCUAAGCGAUGCAUAUUAUUACCCCCACCUUAUGCAUAAGUGCCUAUGGGGUGCUUUUUUAAAAAAGCAUUUCAAGGAAUAAAUUCCUUUUGGGUAUCCAUUUACUUCACCUGGGUUGAGUAUGGGAAUGUCAGAUCAAGGUCUUGUUAAAGGAUGUUUGUGCCGAAGCAAGAAUAGAACCCCAAACCUUGUGAUCUAAAGUUAAGAGAAUAUCCACAAGACCACGACACCUCCUCUGUCUUGUCAGUGAAACAAUGGCCCGAAUUCACAAAGGUUGUUUUUUAAAACCAUCGGUUGAUCCCGUGGUUCAUGCAGACUUUCGGUAUGAAUUACGCUUAUUUACCGCGUAUAUUAAAAAAUGUCCAAUUAUGCUGAUGCGCACUUUUGUCACAUUGUGCCAAAUUGACGCCUAUUUUGAAUCAAUGUGUCCACUCUUCAAACAGUGGACUCAUGAAUAAAAUAGCGUACUUAAAGGAGAAAUAUAUUGAUUAUGAAUAUGGCCUUAUUAUAUAUCAGUGGAGAGGUAAUGAUAUGAGGAUUACCAUUAGGUCAUUC